AUGCGGCGCUACUUGGCUUCCGACUUGUUGUUGCUCAUGAACUCGUCGGGACUCGUUGUUGCUUGCGGACUCGUUGUCGCUCUCGGAACUCGUAAUUGCUGUCUGAAGUCUUUGGAGAUCGUCAGGAGUCGUUCGAGCAACAUUGCCGUUCAUUCAAACUCGUCCAAUCUUGUCAAGGUCCUUCAGGAUUCGUUGGUACUCAUCAGGGCUCAUUGGAUCUCGUCUGGUCCAUCUCAGGACUUGUUUGAACUCGUCAGGACCUUUCGGAACCCGUUGGAACCCUUCAAAACCUUUCAGGAUUCAUCGGUACUCACCUGA